AUCGGAUUAGGUUUUUCAAAUCCGACUAGGUUUUGUAAAAUUUGUGAUAUGCGCAUCCAAAAAUCUUAAAUACGGAGUAGACGCCAAUAUAAUGCAGCACAUUCACCGUUAUUUGCAAACCUUGAAACAGAGUAAUCCCCAAGAAAACUUCAAAUUACCCGACCAAACCAAGAAAUCAACUUCCAAUACCAACGCAAAUACGCCGCCAUGUAUUCAACUUCUUCUUAUUACUCACGAUCGCCGUCGUACACACCGUCGUCUCCUCUUGAAUACACACCAGAGUCGCCGUCGUCUCCAAAUCAAUACUACGCUAUGGAGUCAAAAUCUUUUAAUUACUUACAAUCACCAUCAUACACGCCAUGGUUUCCUCCUGUGUAUGCACCGGAAUCGCCAGAAUACACGCCAUCGUCGCCACCUAAAUCACCGGAGUACACGCCAUCAUCGCCACCUAAGUCACCGGAGUACACGCCAUCGUCGCCACCUAAGUCACCGGAGUACACGCCAUCGUCACCAGAGUACGUGCCAUCCUCUCCAAAAUACUCGCCAGAAUCACCAGAGUAUGUGCCAUCCUCUCCAGUCUAUUCACCAGAGAGUCCUGAAUACUCGCCAGAAUCGCCGUCGUACAACCCACCUUCUCCAGUCUAUACACCAGCAUCCCCUGAAUAUUCGCCGGAAUCUCCAAUUUACACACCAGCGUCCCCUGUUUACUCGCCGGAGUCCCCAAUCUACACACCGGGGUCCCCUGUUUACUCGCCGGACUCUCCAAUCUACACACCAGACUCCCCUGUUUACUCACCGGAAUCUCCAGUCUACACGCCAGCGUCUCCUGUUUACUCGCCUGAAUCUCCAAUCUACACGCCUGCAUCCCCUGUUUACUCGCCGGAAUCUCCAAUCUACACACCACCAGCAUCCCCUGAAUAUUCGCCGGAAUCUCCAAUCUACACGCCAGCAAGUCCUGUUUAUUCUCCGGAAUCUCCAAUAUACACGCCAGCAUCCCCUGUUUACUCGCCGGAAUCUCCAAUCUACACACCAGGGUCCCCUGUUUAUUCACCGUACUAUUCUUCGUAUGCAACCUGAGUUGUGACUUGUGAGUUGUGAUCUGUGUAACAGUUAAUUCUGAUUAAUUGAUUAAUCUUGUAUGUUUCUCGUUUAGAGAUCGUCUUAAUUUCAUGGGUUUAUAAUUGUAAAGCAAUUUUGUUGUUUGAUUUUCUGAUUUUGUUAUCUACUGAUAUCUUUCUUUAAGAUAAUAAUGGUUAAACCUAGAUU